AUGUACAAGGCCGUUAUCCUGCCGACGCUACUGUACGGAGCAGAGACCUGGACGGUGUACACGAGGCAGGCGCGCCGUCUGAACCACUUGCAGCUCAGUUGUCUUCGUCGCAUCCUGCGGCUGAACUGGCAGGAUCGCAUCCCCGACACUGAUGUGCUGGAACGAACGGGAAUGCUCAGCAUCUACUCCAUGUUGAGACAAAUGCAGCUACGCUGGAGCGGCCACCUGGUGCGCAUGGACGACGAGCGGCUACACAAACGACGGGUUCUCGUCGUCAAGGAGGCCCAAUUCGUCGAUACAAGGAUACCCUGAAGUCCUCCCUAAAGCUACUGCAAAUCAACCCGACCAACUGAGAAGAGCUCGCCUGCGAUCGUCCGGCAUGGAGGAGAACAGUGAAGACGGGCGCUGCUAUCCACGAAGCCAACCGCAUCGCCGCCGCCAAAGCGAAACGCGAAGCCCGCAAAUCACAACUGCGCCCAGUCAGCAACGCAGCCGCACAACUGCUUCCAACGUGUCCUCGAUGUAAGCGGACAUUCCGGGCUCGAAUCGGCCUUGUUGGACAUCUUCGGAUCAACUGUAACUCUCGAACUGCACCAAACUUCAUCCCCCCGCCCGCGUCAUCCUCGUCCUCUCUGCCGCCGAAUAACUCUGUGAAUUCUUCUGCACCACCACUUCCAUCCUCCUCUGCCUCCUCCUCCUCCUCCUCCUCUGUCUCCUCUGCAUCCUCCUGCUCCUCCUCCUCCUCCACUGCCCCAACGGCGGCCGCUCAGGCAGCCGUCUCGCACAUCUCCGACCGCGACACAACAACCGGCACCACCCCCGCCUCUCCUGACUCCAGCAAUGAGAAUCAGGACUACACCUGCCCUCACUACGAUCGCACCUUCACCUCACGUAUCGUCCUGGUCGGUCACUUGCGAAUCCAUCGCACAGAGACCGGCGAACCAGUGCCUGAAGCACCAACCUACACCCACCAAGCUCGUCUCAACUGCCUACACUGUCCUCGCACUUUCAGGCACCGCAUGGGUCUAUUCGGCCACAUGCGCAUCCACGACGACCUGCGGUAG